AUGAAUUUCCUUUUCCCGUUUCUCGCGAUUCUCGCGGUCUUUGUCGCCGACUGUCUGGGAGCGUCCGACUACCAUGAACGCCUUGAUUUACAGCCCCUGCCCGGCUCGUCGCUGCUGGCCUCGUUCAACUUUCGCAGUAAUUCGUCCGUGUCUUCGUUUGAGAAGCAGCAUUUUCGCUAUCUCCCUCGCUCUUUAGGCCAGAUCCUACAACAUACGCAGACAAAGGAGCUUCACAUUCGCUUCACGACCGGUCGAUGGGAUGCUGAGAGUUGGGGUACAAGACCUUGGGAAGGGUAUAAAGAAGGCGCAACGGGUGUUGAGUUGUGGGCAUGGGUCGAGGCCGAAUCUGAAAAAGAUGCGUUUGCCAAGUGGAUAUCUUUGACGCAAUCCCUCUCCGGCCUGUUUUGUUCCUCUUUGAAUUUCAUCGAUAGCACACGGACAACUCGCCCUGUCGUCUCCUUUGAGCCUCGUGGAGAUCAUGCCAAUUCUAGCCAGCUGCACCUGCUUCACGGCACACUGCCUGGCGAGGUGGUUUGCACCGAAAACCUCACACCGUUCCUUAAAAUGCUUCCGUGCAAGGGGAAGGCGGGCAUCUCUAGUCUCUUUGAUGGACACAAGCUAUUUGAUGCCUCCUGGCAAAGCAUGUCUAUCGAUGUCCGACCUACCUGUCCGUCCGGAAACGAGGAGUGCCUGGUUGAAAUCCAGCAGAGUGUGGACAUGGUUUUGGACAUUGACAGAUCUAAACGCCCUCGUGAUAACCCAAUUCCUCGCCCUGUUCCAUCAGAACAACUUGUUUGCGACCCAUCCAAACCAUACAACUCUGACGAUACAUGCUAUCCUCUUGAGAGGAAAUCCGAAAUUGGAUGGACGCUUUCCGAGGUCUUCGGACGCUCAGUGAAAGGCCACUGUCCCUUGACUGACGAAGGGUAUGGGUCAUUAACUGUUUGUAUGAAAGUGCCUAGUGAUAGAUCCGUGUUUGUCACAGAGGGCGCGUCUGAGAUAAGAGGCUCCGACGAGUUUUCGAGAUGUUACGGUUUACCACCCUCUAAUGAUUUCGACCUUAUUUUACCGGAAGAGGAAAUCAAAACUCAUGUUCCCUUGGAGCAAGAAGUCUUGCACACCGAGCGAACCAUUAUCGGGCAUGGACAGGAACGGGGAGGCAUGCGGGUGAUUUUCAGGAACCCAUCUCCUGUUGACUCGGUCGAUUUUAUCUAUUUCGAGUCGCUGCCUUGGUUUGUGCGUCCUUAUCUCCACACUCUACAGGCCACAGUAGUAGGGAAUGAUGGGGUAUCGCGCCAGUUGCCAUUCUCAGAGAUCAUCAAAGGCAUCUAUUACCGGCCUGCUAUUGAUCGUGAAAGAGGCACCCAGCUUGAGUUGGUCCUCUCCGUUCCCGCCGAUUCAACUGUGACCUUGAUAUACGACAUCGAGAAAGCUAUUCUGCGAUACACCGAGUAUCCUCCAGAUGCAAACCGAGGGUUCAAUGUCGCCCCUGCGGUGAUACGCAUCUUGGGCAAAGAAGAUCAGUUGUCUGUCUACUUGCGGACAACCGGGUUAUUACUUUCACUUCCUACGCCAGACUUUAGUAUGCCCUAUAACGUUAUCAUCUUGACUAGCACCGUCAUGGCGCUGGGAUUCGGAAGCAUUUUCAACUUGCUCGUUCGUCGCUUUAUUCCCGCUGAUGAACCGGCUCUUCGUGCGCAGAGUCUUAAAGCUCGACUGUUGAGCAGACUAGUCGUGCUGCGUGAUCGGUUUAAAGGGAAAACAUCCAAACAGACUAGUUAA